AUGGACAACACGAAGGAGGUGUACCGCAGGCAGCCCAAGGCCCACGAACGCCCCUGCGACCUGUUCACCGGAUUCUCCAGGCCUGAGUACAUGGUGGCCGUGCUGGAGUACAUCGACGAGUUGAGCUACGUGCAGCAGAUUGACUACGGGUACCUGCGCCAGGCUGUUGAACUGUCCGUGCGCCAGGACGCGACCAGCUCGCGCUACUGCGACGGCUACCGGCCAAAGUCCACCAUCCGCUCGCUCGGGAUCGGGCUCAAUCCGAAGAGGAGCAGUCAAGACCGCUCAUCGGAGGAGGAGCGCCACUCUUCUGCGGUUGCUGUGUCGGCAGCGGGCGGCGUCGUGGGGACGCGGACCACGACGCAGGGGAGCAGCCGCGUCGCGGGUCCUCCGAGCAGCAGCGGCGGAUCAUCGGGCCGUCAACACCAGCAGGGACAGCAGCAGCAGCAGCCACAGCGCCCGCCGAGGAGGAGGAGCAGCAGCAGCCGGGGAAUGACUCGAUCAUCCACCCUCCACGCCAUUAGCCGGGACCGCCACCGGUGCACGCGCAAGCUCGUCGACUCGGAU